AUGCCCUCGCAAAGCGCGAACAGCAUGAUCGCUGGCGCAGGAGGUGGCCUCGUCGCCAGCGUCGCCACAUGUCCGCUCGACGUCAUCAAGACCAAGCUCCAGGCUCAGCGCGCACUUCACGGUCAUGGCAGCUAUAUGGGCGUCGUCGCGACCGUCAAAAACAUCAUUCACCACGACGGGUUCCGGGGGAUGUAUCGCGGCCUUGGGCCCACCAUCCUGGGCUAUCUCCCGACUUGGGCCAUAUACUUCGCAGUUUAUGACGGCAUCAAACGUCACUUCGGCGAGCGGCCAGACGGCGUCAUCGAAGAGCCCAGGCAUGUAUACCCCGCGGCGCAGGUCAAGGGCUACCAACCUCUUGCGCGUGAGCAUCCAUGGACAUUACAUAUUCUAUCAGCCAUGUCGGCGGGGGCAUGCAGUACCGUGUGUACUAAUCCGCUGUGGGUCAUCAAGACACGAUUCAUGACACAACCACGAAACGAGGUUCGGUACAAGCAUACGCUAGAUGCGGCCUUGACUAUCUAUCGGACUGAGGGUGGCAGCGCCUUCUUUCGAGGGCUCCUUCCCAGUCUUCUUGGGAUCACGCACGUCGCGGUGCAAUUCCCUCUUUACGAACACCUCAAGCGAAUAGCAGGUGGCACCACAGAUCCUUGUUGUUCUGCCAUCGCCAAGAUGACGGCAUCCAUCGUCACCUAUCCCCACGAAGUCGUACGCACACGACUCCAAACGGAGAAGCGCCCGCUGUCGAUGAGCGGGCUUGACGGGAGCGACUCGACGCCGCGUCCCCCGCGCGGCGGUAUCGUCCGCACCACCAAGCACAUCAUCGCACACGAGGGCUGGCGCGCCCUCUACCGCGGUCUGUCUGUGAACCUCGUCCGGACUGUCCCGAACAGCGCGGUGACGAUGUUGACGUACGAAAUGCUCGUCCGACGCCUCAACGACAGUUCCGGAAACUCAUAG